GUUGAUUGGCAGUUCGUAAUUCUAAGUUAUGACGGUGCUGUUGCGCUUGCCCCGACAACUUCCCAAUCGUUGACCGUGUUACUCAUAGAGGAACUUACGACUUAUGACUCGAACUUCUAAUUCUACCCUCUUCCAUCUAAACCUCGUGAUCUUCUUGUAAUAUAUCUGAAGCUUUUCUUCCCAUCUCACACUCCUGUUUGAUAUUGAUACCUAGCGCUUUUCCCAACACACUCUGUAUCAAUAUAUUGUCUCAAUGAUCACCCGAAUACAUUAGCAUCUCUGCUCCAUUCGAGAGUCUCCAUCUUAGAUCUGUAAAACAUGACUAGCAAAAGCGCAAAACAGUUGCCGCAUGAGCGGCGAAAAGGAGAAGCCGCAUUAAGCGACUUUGCCGAAUUCGUUGAGAAGCAGCAAGCCUUACGCUAUCCUAGCUCCAAACCCACGACCUCGACACCAACAACCGGGUCCGACCAGACUGAACACCAUGAAGAGCUCGACAUACUUGACUCUUUAAACCUUGGCGAAUCGAAACCACGCGUACCACUGCGAGAUCUUCUAUUGGCCCCUGACGAGGAUGCAACAUCCCAGGAGAAACUUAAGGAACAUAUCGAUGAACGGCUCUUAGAAGGCCAUGGGGAAGCUGUCUUUGACUUGGGGUUCGAGAACAAUGGCGAGUCAAUGCGCCUCACUCGCGAAGAAUGGGACAUUGCCUUGAAUCGGUUGAAAGAAACGGCUAAGAAAGCGCGCGGCGAUUGCGAUAUUUUACUGACCAAGAAUGUUGGCGGUGACGCUGAGGCUGAGUCAACAAAAUCGGGGAAUACGAUUAAAGAGACAGAUUGCACCGGCAAAAUAUUGAUACGGCAGGCCCCCUCGACGAUUGAAACUGUCAUCGAGACCAGGAUAGCUGUCGUUGGCAAUGUUGAUGCCGGAAAAAGCUCCAUGUUGGGUGUCUUGGUUAAGGGUGAUCUCGACGAUGGGCGAGGGAAAGCUCGUGUUAACCUUUUCCGCCACAAGCAUGAGAUGGAGACCGGUCGGACCAGUUCAGUCGGGAUGGAAAUCAUGGGGUUCGAUACCGUCGGAAACGUUGUAACGUCCGACACUCCAGGUAGAAAACUCUCGUGGGAAGAGAUCGGCAAGCGCAGUGCAAAAGUGAUCACUUUCACAGACUUGGCAGGUCACGAACGCUAUCUUCGUACCACCGUAUUCGGCCUCUUAUCUAGCAGCCCCAAUUACUGCUUACUCAUGGUUGCUGCCAAUAAUGGGCUCAUUGGCAUGUGUAAAGAACAUCUCGGCAUCGCCUUGGCCUUGAACGUGCCAAUCAUGGUGGUAGUCACCAAAAUUGAUAUCUGCCCUCCAAAUAUUUUGGAGCAAACCAUUCAGCAGAUAACCAAAAUUCUUAAAUCCCCGGCGGCGCGUAAAAUGCCCAUAUUCAUCAACGACCGGGAAGAAUGUAUAAACACUGCGACUCAGUUUGUCAGCCAGCGAAUAUGCCCGAUAUUCCAGGUUUCAAAUGUCACUGGCAAGAACCUCGACCUUGUCCGUACAUUCCUCAACAUACUUCCGCAUCAUGGUCGCUACGAUUCAGAUGCCCCUUUUGAGUUCCAUGUUAAUGACACUUUCUCCGUCCCGUUUGUCGGCACGGUUGUAAGCGGAAUAGUCAAAUCUGGGGUAGUUCACUCCGGUGAUAGUGUGCUAGUUGGUCCUGAUUCGCUGGGCCAAUUUACUCAAAUCAGUAUUUGUUCCAUCGAGCGAAAACGAAUCGGCGUCCCCGCAGCCUCCGCGGGCCAAUCAGCUAGCUUCGCAUUGAAGAAAGUACGUCGAAAAGACGUGCGUAAAGGAAUGGUGGUCCUGCCAAAGAUUGAAGGGCAGCCGCUCCCCAAGGUUUAUCGUGAAUUCGUUGCGGAAGUUUUAAUCCUGUCACACGCAACCACCAUCAAGACUAAAUAUCAAGCUAUGCUUCACGUUGGUCCAGUCUCACAGACAUGUUCAAUAAUCGAUGUUGAUCGCCCUUUUAUACGAACCGGUGACCGCGCAACGGUGGCAUUCCGAUUCGUUCAGCGUCCAGAAUACCUGGCUCCUGGUGACAGACUCUUAUUCCGCGAAGGGCGAACUAAAGGUCUGGGCAUUGUUAAAUCAGUCGGUUAUGAUCCCAAGAAGCCACUGAUGCCGCGUCAGCCAGAUGGUGAAGCAGCGCAAGACUCUGAGACCGGUGGCUCGACAGAAAGAAGCAUCCAGCCCUCGACCAGGGUUAAGGUUGGAGCCUAGUGCAAUGAAGUCCAGGAAAGGUGUAGAUAUGAAAUAGGGCACUACUCGAGGUUGUAUUGUGGCGUUGUAGGCGGGGGUUAGUGCAUCUGUUGACGAUAACUAUCCCUCGCAUACUAUGCUUAGUCCUUGCUAUCGUAUUUGCA